UCGGUGCUCUCGUAGCCUGCCCCAGCAGCGCUUGGCUGUGCUGCAGGACACGGCCCAGCCUCGGGCAAAACAACCCAGAGCGGACUGAGAGGUGCCCGCAGCUGUGUCAGGAGAGGAUGUGCUAAGAAGGAAACACACAAGUUCACAAAGAAGAGAAUUUUUCUUGAAAAGGGCAAAAGGGAGCAUUGUUUGUCACCUUCAGCUGGAAUGUUGUCUUACAUCUGCCUGAACUGGGUUCUCCUGGUGCUGUUCACAGGCUGCACAGUCUCGGAAUUGGUUGUGAUAGGAGAGGUUGGUCAGGAUGUCACUGUGCCCUGCCGCUACAGUGUCCGGAGCAGGGAUAGCGUCACAUCCAUGUGCUGGGGUCGGGACAGGUGCCCCAACUCAAAGUGUUCCCGGCCCAUUAUCUGGACAGAUGGCUGGAGGGUGACAGAGCAGCACAGCAGCAGGUACCAGCUGAAAGGGGACCUGCAGAAGGGGGACGUGUCCCUGACGAUCGUGAAUGCCAGGGAAACAGACUCAGGGAUCUAUUGCUGCCGUGUGGAGAUCCCAGGGUGGUUCAACGAUCAGCUGGUUAAUCACAAGGUUGUGGUAAAGAAAGCAAGGAUCUCUACUGCAAGUCCUCACACUUACACCUCUGAACAGACCUCAGCUCCUGGCAGCACCAGUGAAUCCUCCUCUACUUUCACGAGGACCUGGCCGUCAGUUUCUGCUUCAGAAGCUCCUCCAACUGCCUCUGCUCCCUGCUCAGGCCCCUCAGACUGCUUGGAUGAGGCAGCAAACCUGCAGAACACAUCUGUGUCCCUUCCCAGCCAGCAGCACCCAGAACAUGGGCUGUACGUUGGGAUUGGCUCAUGUGCAGCUCUUCUGCUCAUCCUCAUUUUGGCUCUGUUCCUCACUAAACAAUAUUUUUACAACACCAAGAAGAUGGGUGGGUUUGCAGGCUUUGUUACAUUUCGGAGGCCACAAGGUGUGGGGAGCCAUAGUGUCCUGGAAGAUGAGAAUCAUGCAGAGGAAAAUGUUUAUAUCAUGCAAUAUGAUGGACAGAAACACUUGCAGCGUGUAAAAUCUGGAAAUGGAGAAAUGAGACUUCAGUGGGACUCACUCAGCACCUCUGGAAAGGAUAAGAUCUGGUUUUCUCUGCUUCCACUCGCUGCCCUGGUGUCUCCGUCAGCCAGAAUGUCCCAUUUUGUGCUGUUUCACUGGAUGGUGAUACAGAUCUUUAUAGCACACGCGGUGUCCGAAGCCGUUGUUAGAGGAACAGUGGGACAGCCCGUGACGAUGCCCUGCUCCUACCGCGUGACGCGGCGCAGGGACGUCGCCGACAUGUGCUGGGGCAGAGGCCCCUGCCCAAAUUCCAAGUGCAGCAACAAAGUUCUGCACACCACCGGCAGCAAGGUGACGUUCAGGGCGUCUCAGAGGUACAACCUGCACGGCUCCGUGUCCUUUGGGGACGUGUCCCUGACGAUCGCGGCGGCCAAGGCGGAGGAUGCAGGGCUCUACUGCUGCCGUGUGGAGAUCCCCGGCCCCUUCAACGACAUCAAGAGGAACAUACGGCUGGAGCUGGUCAGAGCUCCUCCAGUGACCACCACCACAACCACCACCACAACCACCACCACCACCACCACCACCACCACCACCACGAAAAAAGCUCCUGUUUUCUCUGAACAUUUUACAGAAACUUUUGCUCCUCAAGCAACCUCUGAUCUCCAGCCAACAGCAGUCCUGCUGACAACCAGCACCCUUCCACCAGAAACCACAGCCCCCGAGUCUCCAGCAGUAACCACAGGGGAGAUCCCUGCUCCCCCAGCAACUGAUGUGACAGAAAAUUAUAUUUUUCCUGUAACCAUGGUGGAAACGAGUGCUGUCCCAGAUUUCCCAACUACUUCCCAAGCAGCUUAUGUGACCACUGAAGAUGUCAUUUUCUGCUCCACGCUCCCUGGAAGUACAGAGGUGACUACUGAAUUCCCAGGUACAUUUCCAGCUGCAGAGGAAACCACCACCCCUGUCAUGAUGGAGGAGAUGUCAGUCAUGGAGGUUUCAGCAAAUUCAGAUGGAAAUGCUGGGAAACAUGAAGAUAGAGGAGAUAAAGUGAAACCUCCUUUUCCCAGCUCUGCCAUUCUCAUUGCCUGUGUCAUAGCAGGGUCCAUCCUUUUCAUCCUGACGAUCUCCCUGGUCUGGAAACGUAAACACACAAAGAAGUUUAUAACAAAAAGUGCUGGACCACCAGAAGAGACUGACAAAGUUUUCAGUGGUGCUGAAGGAGAAAACAACAUUUUUUCCCUGUGAGGAGUUCCUACAUCAUCUGCAGAUGCCAUGGGAAAUGAAAAGGGCCUGUUCCAUGCUGCACUGAGAUGCUUGGGAGCCUUCAAAAUAUCAGUGGGUAUAAAACAAAGGCCAGAGCUUCAAGUAUGAAAAUUUAAAAUCUUUGUGCAAAUUUUCCCAUAUCACCCUUAAAACUCAUUGCAUAAAGAAGCUUAUUUGAGAAGGGGCUUUAUGCAUAAUUCAUGGAUGCCUCUGGCAUCUGCCUUCCUACUAACAUCAUGUUGCACAAUUGAAUUUGUUCUUCUCCAUUUUUACUAAUGCCCUUCCUUGAAUACAAGUUGUACUAUGAGGAACAGAAGAGAUCACAUGGAAGGCUGCCUAUCUUCAAAUUGCCAUGAAGAAAGAAAAAGAAUCAUAAAAUACAGUUUUUAAUGCUUUUAUGUAAUCAACAGAAAAAUUAAGCAACAAGAAUGCCGUGAGUUUAAAUCAAAAAUUCAGAUUACUUAAGGGGUAUCACUGCUGCCUGUGAUUCAGCAUGUUUGAAUAAACC